CAUGCCAAGGCGAAGCGAUUGAGGAUGUACUCUGUGAAGGCUUGCAGCCCUGCCCACUACACGGUGGUUGGUCGCCAUGGUCACCAUGGUCAGAAUGCUCGCAGUCCUGUGGUCCCGGAGGCACACAGAGCCGCAAGCGAGCAUGUGAUAGCCCAGCGCCGGCAAAUCAAGGCCGUCAAUGCUCCGGAUCCGAUUUUAUGGUGGGUCAAGUUAGCGGGCAAUAAAUUGGGUCCCACUAUUAUGGACAUGGAUGAUGGGUUGUUGAAAUCUAUUAAACAUCUGGUGAUUUAUCUGUUUCCCAUUUCUUUGCAGGUUCGUGCUUGCAGCAGUGCAGACUGUGCCGUUGACGGAGCCUGGGGCCCAUGGAGCUGGUGGUCGCACUGUUCUCGCAGCUGCGGUGGGGGUCAGCGACGCCGCAUGCGCCAAUGCAACAGUCCCUCACCGGCGUUCGGCGGCGUCGACUGCGGCUCCGAGGCCGACGGCGUGCAAUCGGAGGACUGCAACAUGGAACCCUGUCCAGGUAGGCUUCUCUCAGAACGACCUCGAGGUAGUCUGUUGCGUUUGAUGUGA